AUGUCGGAUCAGUCGCCUGCUUCGAAACGACUCCGGCUUGGCUCGCUGGCGGACGGCUUCCGUGGAAGAAUACGUCCGUUCGCUGAUUUGAGUACGGGCCGUGCACCUGAGCAGCAGCAGCAUGCCGCAGCACAGCAGACAGCCAUGCGAAUAAAUUCAGCGGGGCCUGCAGAGGCUGCUGCUGCAGAUACGCAGCUGGAGGGGCAGCACCAGGAUGCUGAUCCUUCUGCUGCAGAAGUACGGGAGAGAUGGCGGCGGCAGAAAGCUGCGCAGCGUGCGGCAGCCCUUCCUGAGCUACGGUUGUUGCAGCGGCAGCAGGAUGCUGCACGGCACGCAGCUGCACGUGCUGAUCCAGAGGUAAGGGCCCUCCAGCAGCAGCGGAACACAGCACAGCAUGCGGCUGCACGUGCUGACCCGGAGGUAAGGGCGCUCCAGCAGCAGCGGAACACAGCACAGCAUGCGGCUGCACGUGCUGACCCGGAGUCGCCUGCUUCGAAACGACUCCGGCUUGGCUCGCUGGCGGACGGCUUCCGUGGAAGAAUACGUCCGUUCGCUGAUUUGAGUACGGGCCGUGCACCUGAGCAGCAGCAGCAUGCCGCAGCACAGCAGACAGCCGUGCGAAUAAAUUCAGCGGGGCCUGCAGAGGCUGCUGCUGCAGAUACGCAGCUGGAGGGGCAGCACCAGGAUGCUGAUCCUUCUGCUGCAGAAGUACGGGAGAGAUGGCGGCGGCAGAAAGCUGCGCAGCGUGCGGCAGCCCUUCCUGAGCUACGGUUGUUGCAGCGGCAGCAGGAUGCUGCACGGCACGCAGCUGCACGUGCUGAUCCAGAGGUAAGGGCCCUCCAGCAGCAGCGGAACACAGCACAGCAUGCGGCUGCACGUGCUGACCCGGAAGUAAGGGCGCUCCAGCAGCAGCGGAACACAGCACAGCAUGCGGCUGCACGUGCUGACCCGGAGGCUGCUGCUGCAGAUACGCAGCUGGAGGGGCAGCACCAGGAUGCUGAUCCUUCUGCUGCAGAAGUACGGGAGAGAUGGCGGCGGCAGAAAGCUGCGCAGCGUGCGGCAGCCCUUCCUGAGCUACGGUUGUUGCAGCGGCAGCAGGAUGCUGCACGGCACGCAGCUGCACGUGCUGAUCCAGAGGUAAGGGCCCUCCAGCAGCAGCGGAACACAGCACAGCAUGCGGCUGCACGUGCUGACCCGGAGGUAAGGGCGCUCCAGCAGCAGCGGAACACAGCACAGCAUGCGGCUGCACGUGCUGACCCGGAGGUGAGGGUGCAGCAGCAGCUGCGUGAUGCUGCACAGCAUGCAGCUUCACGUGCUGACCCGGAGGUAAGGGCCCUCCAGCAGCAGCGGAACACAGCACAGCAUGCGGCUGCACGUGCUGACCCGGAGGUAAGGGCGCUCCAGCAGCAGUGGAACACAGCACAGCAUGCGGCUGCACGUGCUGACCCGGAGGUAAGGGCGCUCCAGCAGCAGCGGAACACAGCACAGCAUGCGGCUGCACAUGCUGACCCGGAGGUAAGGGCACUCCAGCAGCAGCGGAACACAGCACGGCAUGCAGCUGCACGCCAGGUGCAGCUGCGUAACCAGCAGGCCGCCCCUAGGGACACACUAUUGGCUCGCAUGCACCGUCUUCUGCGCUUCACGGACCUUCAUCGUGAUGCCGCCAUUGACUUGCCCGACUUCCUUUUGGCGAUUCCAGAGGGCCGCGUGCAGGACCUUCCUGGCGGUCAGUUACCGCCUGACAGGCAGGUCCCAUACACAGUGCAGCUGCAAUGUGCAUCGACCAUGGCUGUUGCCUUGCGCCGGCGCAUGCCUUCCCGUGUCUGUGCUGUGUGCUCGGAAGUGUGCUCGGAGGACCAGUCGACGGUGCUGCCCUGGAUGGAGAUCCCCAACGUCGACAUUCUACGUGCAGACGUCAUGUGCACGGACGCUGUGCAGCGCUGGGGACGUACUCUGGUGUGGCGGCGGAUGGCGCGUACAGCUCAGGGAGAAGCACCGCCACCGCCUGAUCCGGUCCUGCCAGCUCGGUAUCGUGUUAGCCGGGCUGAGCGGGUUGCUGCUGUGGAUGAUGAUGGAGCAGGCAGGCUGGUAGAUGAUGCAGCGGAAGGAGCAUUGGAGAUGGGUGGUGAUGCUCCGGAGACUGGUGAUUUAGAGGCAGCGGCCGCUGAGCAGGAGCCGCCCGAGCAACUUCCGCCGGACCAACAGCCGCAUCCUCCACGGGUGCUGCCCAGAGCCUGCCUUGACGACCCAGCUAGUGUGGAGGUGCCGUACUGCAUGCGGUUAGAGCCGGAUCUGCCCAACCGCACUAUGCUGCAGUUGCUCAUCAUGUACCUGGCAGACCGACCGCCGGACGUCUUCCCGCGUGCUGUGAAGACUCACGGCAUUGGGGUCGUAAAUCCUGACCCGAAUAUGCUGCGAGGACAGCUGCCGGCGCGGGCGUCCGACCUGGCCGGCGCUAUCACGGUCGUGUGUGUCGACCAGGUUCACAGCCGGGCGGAGCUGCUGGAACGCGUGCGAAAGGUGCCAGGUCUACAGGUGCGAGGGCAGGUCAUCGUCGCCUGGGUCCGUUUCUUACAGCACAACGACGAGGAGGAGCUGGCUAUCGAUGAGGAUGCUCUGCAGGAGUAUGAGCGCAUGGGCUGUGCUGCAGGCGUGCCGGACGAAAUCUUGCAUGCCGCCCUUGCGCCUACGGAUCCGGAGGUGGCGAACGUCCUCCGCACCACCUUCCUGCACGACCGCACGGGACCCGUGCAACCUACGCUGGCGGAUCCGACCCCGAAUGCAGGGCAUGACCCUGGACCGGGGCCAUUCACCGCCAUCCUGCGUGGACCUGCCGACCAGCCAGUUGAAGGUGCACCAGUCGAUCCGACAGCUGCCACUCUGGACGAGCUGGAGCUGAUCCUGCCACAGCCGUCGAAUGUUGGCGAUGAUGGCAGCGAAAUCGAUCGCUUCCCAGGCCGAGUGGAGGACCUUCUGACUGGCCGCGCACGGCUUGCGUUUGCGGCUGGUGGCCGUGACAGCCACGUGCUGGAUGACCGUCAUCCCGCCAUCCUCACCCUCUGCUUCCCCCAGUCCUUCCUGUACGGCUUUUCUGGUCAGCGCCCCCGCGGCAUGUCUUUUCCGGCGUAUUGUCGCCACCUGCUGCACCGUGUGCCGCGGACACAAUUCGGCGGCAACCUCGUGCUGCUGGCACGCAUGUACGACAUCUGCAUGCGCCACGAAAGCAUGGCGCAACCAGUUGAAGGUGCACCAGUCGAUCCGACAGCUGCCACUCUGGACGAGCUGGAGCUGAUCCUGCCACAGCCGUCGAAUGUUGGCGAUGAUGGCAGCGAAAUCGAUCGCUUCCCAGGCCGAGUGGAGGACCUUCUGACUGGCCGCGCACGGCUUGCGUUUGCGGCUGGUGGCCGUGACAGCCACGUGCUGGAUGACCGUCAUCCCGCCAUCCUCACCCUCUGCUUCCCCCAGUCCUUCCCGUACGGCUUUUCUGGUCAGCGCCCCCGCGGCAUGUCUUUUCCGGCGUAUUGUCGCCACCUGCUGCACCGUGUGCCGCGGACACAAUUCGGCGGCAACCUCAUGCUGCUGGCACGCAUUACUCUGCGCCUCGACCUCACAGACGCGUACUACAACGGUGCCCGAUCCAAGAUGCGUGCAGCCGCCCUCACCAUUGGCUGGCCUCCGCUGUUCUUCACCGUAAAUCCGGCAGAUAUGCACGCAGCCUGUGCAGUCGUGGCCUCCGGACAGGUGUUGGACUUCGACGAUGACGGACGACCGCAACAUAUCCCGAGCACGGUGGAGAAGUGGCGGCGUGUGAAGGAUGACCCGUACAGUUGCGCCGCCCUGCUGGUGGCCACCAAGGAGGUUCUGGUGGAGGAGCUCUUCGGCUUCGCGCCGGGCGCCAUGCAGCAGACGAACCCGCGCUGCUUCUGUGGGCUCACGUUUGAGGUGGCGGUCAAGGUGGAGCAGAGCGGCUGCCUUGCCCUGCACAUCCACGGUGUUGCGCAUGUGGCCACGUUCGCAGUCGAGCGCCUUCAGGCACUGUUCAGUGGACCCAACUGCCGAGCGCUGGCCCUGGCAUACGCCCUGUGCGCCAUGUGGUAUCCCUCGCCGUACUAUGACCCUUUCACCCGCGGUGCAGAACACUACAUCAUGGACAUGACCGUCGAAGAGGCCCAGCAGCAUGGCCGUGCACCUCCGCCCGUGGACAAGUCCUGCCCGCCUGCAGCGUACGAUUUUGGCAGGCUCGCCGGCUGUGCAGCUGCAGCGCUGGCAUUUGGGUGCAACCAGCUGUUUACUCUGGCAUGCGAGGUGGAUCGCGUCUACACGGCAGAGGCAGCAGCGCAACUGGCCCGCCCUGAAGAUGAGCGGGGGGACUGUGUGCUGCUGCAGCCUGCUGCUGACCGCGCCCGCGACUCUGCCUACUACAGCACGAAGUACACUGGCAAGAGCAUCAACGACAGCCAGGCGCAGCUGACGUGCAACGCUCUUACCCGAGUGCAGGACUUCCUGCUGGCUGGAAGGACGCCGAAUCCGGGUGCCAGUGGGCCCACCGCCUUUGGCAACAUGUGUGCCACUGUGCAUCGCAUGACCGCUGCCAUUACGGCUGGUAUGGCGCUUGUCGCCAUGAAGCUGGACGGCCAUUCCACAUUCGAGGCGACGUUCGAGUGCGCAUACCUGCAGGUAGACGCGUUCACAGCGCUAUCUGCGGGCGCCGACCAAUCUCCUGAGGUGGCGACCACAGCGGCGGUGCUGGUGGAGGCCGAAGAGCAAGAGGGCUACACGGUGACCAACGCCGUGCAUAACUACGUGCUGCGGGGGGAAGAACUCAGCGGCCUGGACUGCAGCGUGUACAACCUAUCCUCCAACUAUGAGGUCCGACGCCCGGCCACUCCUCCUGAGCCACCUGCUCCUACAGCUGCAGCGACACUCGACCAGCCAACGUCUCAGACAGCCACGGAGCUGCCCCGCCUGGUGGCCUUCCACGGCACGCAUCCGCUGUACAGAACACAUGUCCACAUCCGCCUGCCGCGGCCGCGAUAUGUACAGCUUGGAGGCUCUCUUCCCCGCCGGCCCCGCCCUGGCACCUCUGCUGCGGGCAUGGCGCAGUACUACGCGUUUGUCCUGGGUACUUUCAAAGCUCACCGGGGUCAGCCCAUCCCCCCCGGGCUGAGUGUAAAGGAAGCCUACGACACCUGGGCCCCCGGUGCUCGUCCUUUAUCAGGCGAGCCGCCCACAGUGUAACACCCCAUCAAC